GUCCGUCGCGGGGAGUAUAAAAUCCGGGAAAAACUCAUCUGGAAUCCUAUCUUCACAUCGCUUUUCUGUCGGACUUCUCUGAGAUUAAAAAUCAAUUAUUGUCUGCCGAUUUCGUCACCGAAGAAUUUGAAUUAUUGACGAGGAAUUCAUUUUUCCCCCGAACCAUGUCCAGUAAGAAAGGAAGUUGUGUCGUCACACUGAUUCUGAUGGUCAGCUUGCUAUGGAUUGCAGAAUCUAGAUAUUUGCCUACACGAUCCGAUCCAUCAAGAUACGAACACAUCAAAGAAGUUUUGAGAGCUCUUUUGGAUUUGAAUGAGGAAGGAUCGAAUGCGAGGACAAGCUAUAUCUACGAUGACGUCUACCGUUCCAAGCGAUCCCCAUUCCACCCUAACACUCUACCCUCAUCUCUCGUUCACACUCAAUAAAGGAUUACGAUUUGUUGACGUUUUCCAUGAAAUUAUCUGCACCAAAUUCUUCAUAAGUCUAGAGAAUAAUGUUUUCUUUUACUUUGUAUUCAUCAUCCAUAUCUACAGUAUUAUAAUUUAAAUCAAAUCUUACUUUCCAAAAAUAUGUAAAAAUAUUUCUAUUUUUAGUUAAUAAAAACUUUGAGUUUAUUGAUGUAUGGAA